GGACAGCGGUUUUCGGUAUUCCAGAAAUUACCAACAAAAGGAGCUUCACACUUCAAGUUCUUCACAUUGAAUGGUGAAAAAUAUCUUACAGUAGCAAAUUUCCAUGAUAGAAGUACCCACUCGACAAAAUCCGUCAUCUACAAGUGGAAUGGCAUCAAGUUCAAUAAGUUCCAGGAGAUAGCAACUGAGGGUGCCUUCGGAUGUACGGCAUUUCGAAUAAACAAUGUCAGUUUCAUCGCUUUCGCAAACUAUUACAACUCUCAGCAAAAGCAUUCUGUUCAGUCCACUGUGUUCAAAUGGUCAGGAAGACACUUUGUCAAACUACAGUCUCUUCAAACUUACGGGGCAUUUGGCGUGAAGUCUGUUUACAUCAAUGGUCAUACAUUCCUCGCUUUUGCCUGCCACUACUCUGGAAGGUCUCACAACACUGACUCGUUUAUUUACAAAUGGGAUGGUACCAAGUUCGUACUUUUUCAGUCCAUUCCCACUCGUGGAGCCCGUGCAUGGUAUCCAUUCGUGAUCAGUGGUCAUACCUACUUGGGAGUGGCCAAUUUCUACGACAGCAGCCAGAAAUACAAUACUCAGUCAGCUGUGUACCAAGCCUCCGGAGCUCAGUUCGUUAAAUAUCAAGAGAUCUCCACCCAUGGAGCAAAUGCUAUGACAUCAUUUGAGUACAAAGGUCACACUUAUCUGGCAGUAGCAAACCAACACAGUCAGAAAUACAACAUAAAUAGCGCUUUGUACAAGUGGGUAUAAAGAGAGGGAUAAAAGACGAACAGUGUAAUGAUCAAGAGUCGCAUUAUCUGCUUAUGCAUAAUUGAAUUAAUAGUAGCUCAAAAUCGAUCAAAAGCUCAGGUUUUGGGAUUCUUUGAGGGAUUUGAUCUGUUUGAUAACUUAGUGUUUUAUCAGUCAUUCAUUGGUCAAGAUAUCAAAAUAUUCGAAGGAAGAAUGAAACUUUGCAAUAAAGCUGUGCAUUGAACAUGAUGCUUAGGUCUGGUUUCUUUCUAAUGUAUUUCACUCAUAUCAAUAAAAGGUGAUGAAAAGAAA